UACUGCUGAGUCAGCAUUCUACGGACCCGAGACAGUACUAUGGCAGUCAGGCUGUGCGGUUUUUCGGCCAUAAGAUGCUGCCUGGUCCUCCUCAACGUCUUCUACAUCGUAAGUUACGCGAUUAUAACCCCCGCAUAGCCUUUCACGCUUGUCCAAAGGCUCCACCAGGCUUCUAACGCAAUUCUUCCGGCCCCCAGGCCCUGGCGCUGUUUCUCAUCGGAGUUGUCGUUGCCUCAAAGGCGAUCUCCUACUUCACGGACCCUAGUAUUCUGGCUGGACUGGCCGUGUGUGCCAGCAUACUCUUCCUGGUGGCCGUUUUGGGACUUGCCGGCACUGUCAAGCACCACCAAGUGGUCCUCUUCUUUUACAUGGUAUCGCUGGGGUUGUCGGGGAUCGUGUUGUUUGCGGUGUCGGUGGCUGCACUUGCUGCUCCCGACAGCUACCAGACGAGUUUCUUUGACACCACGUGGAGACGACUCGGCUCCCGGGAUAAACAGUCGAUCCAGGAUCACUUUGACUGCUGUGGAUUCAACAAUGAAUCUCGCCACAUUAUCUACAACAGCCCAGAUGACGACGGCUGCGACACAGGUUGCAACCACAUCGCUCACCCUUUCUGCAAUACAUCUGCUCUCACCAAACACAAGAAAUGUUGUCACGGUGACGGCAACCCUGGCAACGCCAUGGAGUUAACGUGUGAGGUGGAGACACCGUUCGGAAACUGCUCUGUCCUGAGACAGUGUGAGUCGUGUCCGGCCUGCUACACCUCCUGGAAGAAGGGCGUGUCCGACACCGUGUGGCUGGCCGGCAGCUUUGGACUCAUCUUCAGCUUUACUCAGGUGGUUGGCAUCGUCCUCUCCUGCAGAUUUCGCAAUCUGAAGGACCCCGACGCAGACCCGAGAGCCUUCUUCUGAUUGGUCGAUUCAAAUUCAAACCCCGAAGCAGCCCUGAAGCAUCUCCUCACGAAUACACUUCAACAGUCAAAAGAACUAUAAACUUCUCGUGAAAAUGUGUAUAUAUUAUUUUACCGUGUGCAUAAUUGAUAAAAGUAUGAUUAGUAUAGAUUAUGAACGCAAUUGGUAUUAAAAUGGACAGCGGAAAGAAAGUAAAAGUUUGAAAAAAAAUCACAGAUACAUCGAG